AUGGCUCAGAGAACUGUUAGGCCUUUUGUUCCUGUGGAAGACCCAGAGGGUGGCCAAUACGAUCCUGUUCUUCCUCAGCCGGUUGCUCACGUUGAUGUGGUUCCAGACGCUGUUGGUCCUGCUCAGGCACCGAAUUUAGCGGUGAUUUUCUAAGCAUAUUUAGUGCUAUUUGCUUUGGUAUUGUGCCUUGGGUUUUCUGGUUCCGACUUGCGUUGCGCCCUCAGUUGUGUUAUUGUGUAGUCGCCCAACUGGCGACUCAAUACCACUGUCGGUGGUUUAGGGGACGAUUUUACUCGCAUCUUAGGUUUUGUUAUCGCGUAGUUUUAUCAUUUGUGUAAGUUCGGCCAUAUGUCGCAUGCUUACAAAUUAAUAGCCUUCGGGACGGUGUAUUGUUUAGCUCAGUAUUCAGUAUUAUUUUCAUGUUUAAGCGGGUGGCAUUUUAUGUUUGGCGCGUUGGUCGAGUCGAUUUUAGUUAUCGUUUGUGGGGUAGAAUUUUGUAGUUUUAUUUUGGGCGUAGCUCUCGCUUCUAGACAUAAUGUUACGGGUGUACGUAUGUUUAGCAUUUCCGAUUCGUCGCUAUUUCAUAGCCCCGUGUAUUACCAUAUGUAAUAUUCUCGUUCAAGCCUGUGUGGCAUGCGAUUUUAGUUCAAGCCUGUGGCAUAGGAUUCUAGUUCAAGCCUGUGUGGCAUAAAGCCUGUGUGGCAUAAAGCCUGUGUGGCAUAGGAUUUUAGUUCAAGCCUGUGUGGCAUAAGAUUUUGUUCAAGCCUGUAUGGCAUAAAGCCUGUGUGGCGUAAAAAAAUUUUCCUUAAAGCCUGUGUGGCAUAGAAUUUUCGUUCGAGCCUGUGUGGCAUAGGAUUUAGUUCAAGCCUGUGUGGCAUAAAGCCUGUGUGGUAUAGGAUUUUAGUUCACGCAUGUGUGGCAUAAAGCCUGUGUGGCGUAAAAUUUUAGUUAAAGCCUGUGUGGCAUAGGAUUUUCGUUCAAGCCUGUGUGGCAUAGGAUUUAGUUCAAGCCUGUGUGGCAUAAAGCCUGUGUGGCAUAGGAUUUUAGUUCAAGCCUGUGUGGCAUAAGAUUUUGUUCAAGCCUGUAUGGCAUAAAGCCUGUGUGGCGUAAAAAAAUUUUCCUUAAAGCCUGUGUGGCAUAGAAUUUUCGUUCGAGCCUGUGUGGCAUAGGAUUUAGUUCAAGCCUGUGUGGCAUAAAGCCUGUGUGGCAUCAGAUUUUAGUUCAAGCCUGUGUGGCAUCAGAUUUUGUUCAAGCCUGUAUGGCAUAAAGCCUGUGUGGCGUAAAAUUUUAGUUAAAGCCUAUGUGGCAAAAGCCUGUGUGGCAUAGGAUUUUAGUUCCAGCCUGUGUGGCAUAGGAUUUUAGUUCACGCAUGUGUGGCAAACAGCCUGUGUGGCAUCAGAUUUUAGUUCAAGCCUGUGUGGCAUAAGAUUUUGUUCCAGCCUGUAUGGCAUAAAGCCUGUGUGGCAUAACAUUUUAGUUAAAGCCUGUGUGGCAAAAGCCUGUGUGGCAUUGGAUUUUAGUUCAAGCCUGUGUGGCAUACAGCCUGUGUGGCGUACGAUUUUCGUUCAAGCCUGUGGCAUCAAGCCUGUGUGGCAUAGGAUUUUGUUCAAGCCUGUGUGGCAUAAGUUUUUGGUCAAGCCUGUGUGGCAUAAGUUUUUGGUCAAGCCUGUGUGGCAUAACGCCUGUGUGGCAUGGUAGCCUAGUUCAAUCAUGAGUGGCCUAACAUCAGAUGUUAUGGUACGCCUGUAUAUAUGGCAUAAGAUUCUAGUCGUUCAAGCCUGUGUGGCAUACGUUUGUGUGGCAUUCGAUCUUCAUUCACGCUUGUGGGGCAUAAAGCCUGUGUGGCAUACACAGUAUAUGUGCUGUCGGUUUUAGUUCAAGCCUGUGUGUUUUUUAACGCCUAUGUGGCAUACGAUUUAUUUCCAGCUUGUGUGGCAUAGGAUUUUAUUUCAAGUCUGUGUGGCCUCGGGCCUGUGUCGAGUGCGCUCUAGUUCCAGCCUGGGGGGCAUAACGCCUGUGGGGUAUCCAGCCUGUGUGGCCUAAGUUUUCUUUGAGCCUGUCUGUCAUCAAGCCGGCGUGACAUACGAUAUUCAUUCAAGCCUGUAUAGCCUGAGAUUCUAGUUCAAGCCUGUGUGGCAUGAGAUUCUAGUAGUUCCCACUUCGGGGGCAUCCAGUCUGUCGUCACGUCCGUGUGGCGAAAAAUUUUGGUUGAACCCUGGGUGGCGUACAGUUGGGUGUAGCAUGACUUUUCCGUUCCUGCCUCUGUGGCAGGAGAUUUUAGUUCCAACCUGUGUGCUAUACGUGUCUAGCUCAAGCCUGUGUGGCACACGACUCUAGCUCCAGUAUGGCGGCUUUGAGCCCGGGGGGCAUACGCCUCUAGUUUCACCCUGUGGGGCAUCGCGCCUGCGUGAUAUCCGCAUCUAGUGCAUGCCGGUGUGCCAUCUUACAACUUUUGUGGCAUGUGAUUUUGGUUCCAGCAUGUGCCAUAAAGCCGGUGUAGUAUAAGACCUCGCUUACGGCACUGUGGCAUGAGCCCUGGGCAUGGGAUUGAAGUUCACGCCGGUGUGGCAUUUACAGCCUGUGGCCUGCGUUGUUCGUUCAACCCUGUGUAGCAUCGCAUUUGUGUGGCCUGACAGUUUGUUACAGCCUGGGGCGCCUAAGUUUCUAGUUUACCAUGUAUGGCAUACGUCUGAUUUCGUCCGCCCUUGUGGCGUACGAUUCUGGUUAAUUUCUGUGGGCGGGGAUUUUACUCCUACGUCACGCCUGUGUGUGCAUAUUUUACCUCGCGUUUUGGGGGCGUUUGUCGUGAUUGCGGUUGGGCAAUCUGUCUCAGUCGUAGUCGAUCGUCUUGUCUUAUGCCUGUUGGCUUAUUUCGUUUUACGUCCCUUGUAGGCCCGUGUUGACCAACUGCAGGCGCAUCUGGUGCAGCUUCAGCAGGCUGCCGCCGUGACGCCUGUGGAUCAGGCUCUCGUGUUGGUCAGGCAGCUGGCCGCACAACCUGCCCACGUAUUUGAUCCAUAUGCCCUGAUUGGGGCGCUCGAAAAUCUCGAUGAUGUGGCCCGCCGAUCCGUGCAUCAGGAUGUGCGCCGUUUUGCUGCGGUUCUAUCUAAUUGUAAGAAGCUGCCCAUGAACCCCAGAUUGGGGGAUUUUGUCACUCAAGUGUUAGGAGCUGAGGUGGAAAAAGAUGUCGCUAAGAUGAUGGUGAAGGUAUAUCAGUCUUCACACCAACCACUGCGUUUUCCACCGCCGCUGUCGGAGAGUUCCUAUGUCAGACCGUCGCCUUAUCCGAGAGGGGGUGGCUCUAGAUUUUCAACUCCUUUGAGGUGUUUUCGUUGUCGGCGUAUUGGACAUUUUGCGCGUACUUGCCCAGAUAAAUGA